AUGUCUCCUCCUCAUAUUAUAGGGGUGCCUUCACCCUCCCAAUGUGACCCUACUUAUGGCUCGGCCCGCCCUGUGAGUCUUCCUGGGAUUCGAGAUGUGCUUGGGAAUGAGCUUUGUCUAGAUGACAUACCGUCCAAACCGCACAACGGUUUUUUCGUCUCUGAUACGCGUCUUAAUGUAUCUAAUCGUCCGAUAUCCUCAUCUCAUUUCCAUACAUACUCUCAUGUCACACCCAACAUCCAAGAUAAGUCGCCGCGCUUAGCCACUCCCAAGAUGACCUCUGCGCGUGAUGAUCCUUUUCUAGGCUCGUCCUCCAACUCUAUGGCGAAUUUACCAACCAUAUUGCAGCGCAUGAGAAUGGAAGACGACCACUAUGAUCAUAAGGACGUAUGGCUGCAUCAUCAUGCGCCCGAGUACUUUUAUCGUCCAUCCAUGCCCAAAUCAUGGGACAUAUGCAUGCACGGGACCCAAAUGAAGCGCGUUUCGUCCAACGACCGCAUGGUAACGUCGAGACGACUUUCUGGUCGAUCUCGCGAUAUAUACAGCCGUUCCAUGCCUCGUUUAGGUGCUCUAAAUUUGUCGGAAUCACAAGCUUCGACGCCCAUAAAUAUCCCUGGUACAAAGGAAGAAAGCUAUCACCCACGUACACUUACACGCAGCUUUUCCUCCUAUUCAACGGCAAGUGGUACAAGCGAAGGCUUCCCAUACACGCCCAAGAUGGGGAUGUCAGAUGUCCUAACGGGAGAUGGACGAGAACUAGGCACUGAGAUGACGCCAAGCAAACCAUCAAACCAUAUCCCACAGCUGAUUCUAACCGAAAACGGAGCUAGUGAGCGUCAAGACCUAACCCCUCAUGUAUUUUUUAAGAAUGGUCACGCCUCCCCGGACCAGCGUUCUCAAGACAGUCCAUUUGGACCCCUUAUGAACAUUUCUGUGACGAAACAGAAAUCUCCAAGCGCACAUUUGGGCAAAUUUCAAUGCAACUACUGCAUGAAACGAUUUUCUCGUCCAUCUAGCUUGCGGACGCAUAUUCACUCUCACACGGGCGAGAAGCCUUUCCGAUGUGAUGUACCUGGCUGUGGACGAUGCUUUAGCGUGCACUCUAACCUACGAAGGCACCAGAAGAGUCACAGCACGUCUAUGUUACCUACUCCCAGUAAUGACCUACCAGCUUAG